AUGGAUACAAAUCUAAUGAUCGUUUUCUGUCAAAUAUGUAUAGAAAUGACGGCAAACGAGAGCUGUUUCUAUAGAUGUAAUUCAUCACAAGAUGAGACAUGUGUUUCGAGGGAUCAGAUUUGUGACAUCACUAAAGACUGUGCUCAUGGCGACGAUGAACACCAAUCUUGUGACAAAUUGCCGAACGGCUCGUACUGUGGGUUUGGAGCCAAUGAUUACUGCUUUUGGCAAAACGAUGACAACGAGUCUUCUUAUUGGGCACCAGAAGCCGAUACUACAGAACCUAAUGAAUGGUAUCUUAGCUACUUCAAUAAGAAGUGCUCUCUUCCCACCCUUACAUCCAUAUCUAUCCGACGCCGACUCCCAAUCAUAGCCUAA